GGUGUAUGGUGACAGUAUUGGAGAUGGAGGUGGUGAUGUCAGCAGAGGAGGUGGGAGGGAAGAUUGGAACACCUACUCCCUAUGUCGAAGUGUCCUCUCCAGGCCAGAGAAGGACCCUUCAGAACCAGGUCUCUGCCGUUAGUCACGCUGCUGCUUCUACUUCUACUGCCUCCCCUCACAACCAGCCCAGAGCAGCCUCCUCUUCUACCAGAGACCCAGCAGGCAGAGGAGACUCCAGGAAGAAGACUCUGAUAGUAGUCCCCAUCGCCUGCCUCAGCCCCUACCAGACUAAAUGGACCAUCAGGGCCCGGGUCACCAAAAAGAACAACAUCCUUCCUUGGAGCAACUUAAGACGAGAGGGAAAAUUAUUCUCCUUCGAGAUCGUGGACGAGAGCGGGGAGAUCGGAGUAACAGCCUUCGACAAGGAAGUGGACAAGUUCUUCUCUUUGCUGGAGACGGGCAAGAUGUACUACAUCUCACAGGGCAAAUUAAAGGAAGCCAAUAAGAAGUAUAAUACCCUGAAGAACAACUAUGAGAUGAUCCUUCUAAGUGAGACAUCCAUCGUGCCGUGCGAGGACGACCAGGACCUUCCCAUGGUGGAGUGCGACUUCAUACUCAUCGCUCAGCUGGAGCACAUGGAGAAGGACGACAUCAUCGAUGUGAUAGGAGUGUGUAGGAGUGUGGAUGAUCUGAGUAGUUUCACCGCUAAGACAGGUAGACAGCAGUAUAAAAGAGACAUUCACCUGGUGGAUACCAGUGGCAAGGCGGUCGCAGUCACACUGUGGGGCGAGCAGGCAGAGAUGUUUGAUGGUUCAGUCCAGCCUAUAGUAGCUGUUAAAAGAGCUCGCCUGUCAGACUUUGGAGGCCAGUCUGUCUCUGCGAUCUUCAGCUCCGCUGUCAUGGUCAACCCUGAAAUACCUGAGGCCCAUAGGCUGAGGAGAUGGUAUGAUCAGGAAGGUCAUGCUCUGGACGGCCAAUCACUGACCGAAUUGAGGCCUGCAGGAGGCGGAGCCAACACUUGCUGGAAAACACUCAGCGACGUCAAGACUGAACAACUGGGACAAGGAGACAAGGCGGAUUAUUUCAGCUGUGUAGCCACAGUGUUGUUUAGUGGUAAGGAAAGCUGUCUGUACCAGGCCUGUCCCUCUGCAGAUUGUAAGAAGAAGGUAAUAGAACAACCAAAUGGACUCUACCACUGUGAGAAGUGUGACAAACAAUUCCCUAACUACAAAUACUGCGUCAUGCUGUCUGCUAACAUAGCAGACUUCAGUGAUAACCAGUGGGUGACAUGUUUCCAUGAGACAGCAGAGGGCAUUCUGGGUCACAAUGCAGAGACUCUGGGCCAGCUUAAAGAUACGGAUGAGGCAGCGUUUGACGAGUUGUUCCAGAAGGUCAACUUCACCACACACAUCUUCCGCAACAGAGUCAAGCUGGAGACGUACAACGAUGAGUCCCGUGUGAAGGCCAUGGUGAUGGAGGUGAAACCAGUGGACCACAGAGAGUACAGCAGGAGACUCAUCAGCAACAUCAGGAAUAUGGCCGCCUAAAGAAUUCUUACUUUUAUUGUGUUACUUUUUAUUUUUAUUUGACUAUUUUUACUUUAAUUUAUUUAGUAAUUAUUUUCUUAAGUCUUUUUUGAAAGUGAAUUGUCAGUUAAGGGCUUGUAAGUAAGCAUUUCACCGUAAGGUUAUACUCUAUUGUAUUCGGAGCAUGUGACGAAUUUGAUUUGAUUUAAACAUUAACCAUUAGAGGGAACAAUUCAGAACUGAUCUAAGAUCAGUGUUUAGGGGAAACUCAACCUCACACCCAGAAUUAUACACUGAACUGAACAAAUUGGCUGCCUAAACACAGAGCCAGCUGACAUUCAUACUGUCUGGUCCUGUAUCUCUACAAUUAAGCCACAAAAUUGCAGAAACUGAACAAGGAUAUAUUUUAUUUUAUUUUUCUCCAUUUGAUCUAAUUUACAUUUGAUUAUAGACUAAAUAAAUAGUCUAUAUGUCACGUAGAGUAGGCCAGAAGGCCUAACUGAAAAACCUGACCUCUAUCAAAUAAAAAGAUGGCGUAGCCGCAAAAGUA